UUUUAUAUGUGAAGAAAGCAAUAAGACAAAGUCCUAAAAUUUCUCAUACAUUUAUUAUAUUUGCAAGUGAAAGUGGUGGGUUACCUAUUUUUAGUAUUUGUUUUACUUUAAUGGAAUGGUGGCUGGCUUAUUGAUCACAGUGCCAUAUUUCCCAUUUCAUCAUUUAUUUAUUUGUUUAUUCAUCAAACCAAUCAAAUUCAACUUUUCACAAAGUUUUCUUCUUUCUCUUCUCAACACUCUUCUAACUUGUAGCAAAAUAGUAGCAAUGAAGAUCCAAUGUGACGUUUGUAGCAAAAACGAAGCUUCAUUAUUCUGCACCGCCGAUGAAGCCGCCCUCUGCACUGACUGUGACCACCGUGUCCACCAUGCAAACAAGCUAGCUUCCAAACACCACCGUCUCUCUCUUCAUAAUCCUUCUCCUAAACAACACCCUCUAUGUGAUAUUUGCCAGGAGAGAAGAGCUUUUGUGUUGUGUAAGCAAGAUAGAGCAAUUCUAUGCAAAGAUUGUGAUUCAUCAAUUCAUUCUGUAAAUGAACUUACAGAGAAACAUGAUAGGUUUCUUCUCACUGGUGUUAAGCUUUCAACUACAAACUCUUCUUCUUCAUCAUCAUCAACAACAACAUCAACAAAACCUUCUUCAGCUAUUUCCAUUUCCAAGUCAAUUGUUGUUCCUUCAUCUUCUUCUUCUUUGGUUGAUAAAUCUACUACUCCUUCACCAAAAUCUGUGGAAGAUGGAAGUGGUGGUUCUACUAUUUCUCAGUACUUGAUUGAGACUUUACCUGGUUGGCAAGUUGAUGACUUUCUUGAUUCUUCUUCUGCUCCCUUUGCUUUCUAUAAGGGUGAUGAAUCAUUUGAAGAAAAUCUUGAUUCAUUUUUUCCAAAUAAUAAUUUGGGGAUCUGGGUUCCUCAAGCACCACCACCUUCUCUAUUUUCUUCUUCACAAAUCAUGAUGGGACAGAGUGAGACCAAGAAGGGGAGCAGCAACAACAAAAGCCACAUGAACAAAUCAAGGUUGAGGGAUGAUGGGAAUAAUAUUUUCACAGUUCCACAAAUUAGUCCUGUUUCCAAUCCCAAGAGAACAAGAUAUCUAUGGUAGAUCUAGAUAUGAUAUAAUGAUAAUUUAUCUUAUCUUGUGUGGAUAGUUAAAGCAUCUGCAUCACAAAAAUAACACCCUCCUCUUUGUUUGUAUGUUUGUUUUUGUAUUUUUUUUUCUCUUUUUACCUAUCCUUGAAGUGCUUGAGAUUGAGUUUGACUUUUUUUCUUUUCUUCUUUUUUCUGUCUUUUUCUGAGGAAAAACUUUGCUACCCUAUACUGGGUUUUGUAUUGUUUUGAUAAAUUUGUGCAUCACUGCUGCACCAUUCUCCUUGUUGUUAGUGUAAAUGUAAAUAUGCUUUCAUAUCUCA